UGUGCAGUGUGUUAUGACGACAUGGGAACUAACAUAAUGUGCUUGCCAUAUAUAUGACGUUAAUUGCAUUUUCGUCCACUGCUCAUCAGUCUGAUCUCAGCCAGAUUCAUCAUGAAGGUCCUCGUCUUCGUCGCUGUUGCCUGCCUGUUGUCUGGGGCCAAUGCUGCCGGCUUUGUUGACACCCUCAAGGGUGUUGCAUCCAGCAUCGGUGACGUCUUUACCAACCUCUUCCAAGAUUUGAAGGACCCACUGCAGACCGUUGCAGGCACACUCGUGGACAGUCUGAAGACUGCGGGAACACAACUGUUGGCCACUGGAGCUCAGAGUCUCUUGGGGUCUCUCUCUAAAGUUGGCACAAGGGACGUCAGUGUCGUCAGUGGUGUCAGCAAGUUCCUCCAGGAAGGCAAGCAGGUGAUUGGUCAGCUGUCAGAGACCCUCGGCUCCCUGUAUCACUCCGCCAUGACAGCCCUUGCUAACAUCGCACAGAAGAUCACCAGCAUGGACUUCCUCAAGGAGCACCUGUCCACCAUCCUGUCAGACAUUGGCGAUGUCGUUGGUCUCCACAACAUCUUCCAGGACUCCCUCGUGGAGACCCUCACCAAGAACCCGGGACAGUUCCUCAUCAAGGCUGCUGAGGGUCUCAUCAGUCAACUUGGUCACAAGAGAUCUGCCCUCACCGACACCCUGGCUUCAAUUGGACAGAAGUUCGCCUCCCUAUUCCUGCCAGUUGUUAAGGCUGUCAAGGACCACGUCGCCAACCUGGGCGCGAACCUUUCUGCCGCUGCCUCUGCGCUGUAUGCAUCUGUCAAGCCUACCCUUGACCAACUGAGCGCACAGCUUGGAGGACAUAUCCAAGCCCUGAAGGACAGCGCCACCGAGCUUCUCACACACGGACAGGAUGCACUGAAGGCUCUCUCUGCUGCUACUGGUGACAUCAUGGGUCAGACUUUGACCGACAUGCAGCCCUCGCUGCUGAAGAUGCUCGAGACUUUGCUUGAGUCAAACUAACUCAUCUUGACAAAUAAACACAUACAUGACGAA